CCACCAGCAACCUUGAAGUAAUUUGUUGGAGCAGCAACUAUGGGCGCAGGACCUGCUAUCGUCUCCAAGAAUGAUAGUUAUGCUGGGUUGAUCGAUACUUCGAGACCGUGGUGGAAGAAUGGCCGUCUGAUGGCUCUGAACGGAUGGAUUCUCUUGCUUCUGAUCACAUCGUCGACCAAUGGUUAUGAUGGGAGCAUGAUGAACGGUCUUCAAUCCCUGACCCAAUGGGAGAACGAUUUCAAUAAUCCAACAGGGCAGAUGCUCGGGCUCCUUAAUGCCAUUCAGAACAUCGGCUGCCUCUGCGCAUACCCCUUCUCUCCAUACGUGACAGAUGGUCUCGGUCGUCGUUUCGCCAUUCUUAUGGGAGCCAUCAUCAUGCUCAUCGCCACCGCACUCCAAAGCGCAUCCAACUCUGUGAACAUGUUUAUUGGUGCACGGUUCCUGAUCGGAUUUGGUCUCACGUUCGCGGCGUCGGCUGCACCGUUGUUGAUCAGUGAGAUCGCCUACCCAUCUCAGAGGGGACAGGUCACGUCAAUGUAUAACAGUAUGUGGUACCUCGGGAGUAUCAUUGCUGCUUGGACCACUUUUGGCAGUUUCACGAUCCCGACUAGCUGGGCAUGGCGUAUCCCAUCUAUUCUCCAAGGCCUCCCUUCGGUCCUCCAAGUUGGUCUUAUAUGGUUCGUGCCCGAGUCCCCACGUUGGUUGGUCUCGAAAGGCCGAGAUGCCCAAGCCCUCAAAGUUCUUGCGUACUACCAUGCCAAUGGGAAACAAGACGAUCCGCUCGUGGAGUACGAGUUCUCCGAGAUCAAGACCGCGAUUGAGCUCGAUCGUGAGGUUUCUGCGAAUGUCGGGUGGUUGAGCUUGGUGAAGACGCCGGGGAAUAGGAGGAGGAUGAGGAUCAUUGUCGCGUUGGCAUUCUUCUCGCAGUGGAGCGGAAAUGGGCUUGUAUCAUACUACCUCAAGCGUGUCUGUGACUCUGUCGGAAUCACGGACCCGACGAUCCAACUCCUUAUCAAUGGAGUCCUCAAUAUCUUCAACUUCUUCGUCGCCAUCUUUGCGGGCCUGCUUUGUGACCGUGUCGGCCGCAGGAGACUUUUCAUCACCUCUACCAUCGGUAUGACCGUCUUCUGGGUGAUUCAGACUAUCUGUCUCGCGCUAUACUCGGAGCACGGGGGCGCUGCGAUGGGAAGGUCUGUCAUUGCUAUGAUUUUCUUGUAUUAUGCCUUUUACGAUAUCGCUUUUACACCCCUAAUUGUCUCAUACUCCGUGGAGAUCCUGCCGUUCGCCAUUCGUGCGAAAGGCUUCGUCGUCUUCAACUUUAUGGUAUCCCUCUCUGUCAUCUUUAAUCAAUACGUGAACCCGAUCGCCCUCGAAGCGCUUGGGUGGAAGUACUAUCUGGUGUACGCGUGCUGGCUGUUCGUCGAAGCCAUCUUCGUGUUCUUCUUCGUCGUCGAAACCAAGAACAAGACACUCGAAGAGACCGCUGUCUUAUUCGACGGCCCAGAAGCUGCCGAGAAGAUCUCGCACGAAGGCAUGGAGGCCGUCGACAUCACCAACACAGGUGCGGAUUCGGAAAGCAAGAGCUUCAGGUCAGAUGAGAAGCAUACUGAUGUAGUCGAAGUCGAGGGUAAGAUGAGCUCUUCGUCGGGUUCUGAUACCGUACGGGGAUCGAAUCGGUCUAUGGAGAAGUGAGCGCGUGUCGUGGAUUCCUCCGUCGUCCACAUAUUACCGCUCGAUUCUCUCAUCCUGCUCUCAUCCGACACCCACCGCCCUUCCUGCUGUUAUAUGGCUAUUUUCGGUCAGUAGAGGAACAGCGAGUAUACCGUUACCGUUCUCAUUCACUUCAUACCGUCCCCGCCAUUGCUUCGCCUCAGUUACUUUGCUCAUCCCUGCUCGAGUUGUUGCUCCGUUCCAUAUACGUUCUUGUUUAUACUUCUGUAGCUGUGCUGCGGCGAGAUUCGGCACUCGUAAACGGCUGUUCGUCGAACACGACUUGUACAUACGUUUGCAUGUUCAUGACGGACUUUCAUAGCCAUACGCAUAGUAGAUAAAGCUCUGUUUAGUGAUUCAC